AUGGUAGGUCACGAACGGCAUGUGGGCUCCGAAUUAAAAUUAUUUCUGCCCACGAAUAUAUGUCUCGUUACUGCUCCUCCUGCUCCUGCUCCUCACUCUGCUGUUCCUCCUCCUGCUCCUUAUUCUGCUGUUCCUCCUCCUGCUUCUACUCCGCGUACUGCUGCUCCUCCUCCUCCUCCUACUGCUGCUUUUCCAGAUGCUCCUCCUCUUCCUCCUGCUGCACUUCCUCUGGCUUCUCUUCCUCCUUCUGCUCCUCAUCUUGCUGCUCCUCCUCCUGCUGUUCCUCCUCGUCCUGCUCCUACUUCCGGUGCUCCCUUUUCUGCUGCUCCUCCUGCAGCACGAGGAGGAAAAGCACGUGGAGCAGCAGGAAGACAAGCAGCAUGCAGAAAGGAAGGAGAAAAUACCUCAUACGUUCUCCAUUCUAAAGGGCGACUGGGGAUUCAAUCUCCAAUCCCGGUG